GGUGGUCCGUACUCCCGAAUCAGGACUAGCGCAAUAGUCCCGUGCGGUUCUUCCGACUUGACGCUGCGAAAGACCCUCGCACAUCACCACGCCCUUCUUGGCAACACUCCGCUCCAAUUCGCUGGUCUCGAGAGAUAUACUCAGCCAGAGACCAUGCAGAAGUCUCGCACUAUCAACACUGCCCUGGGGGCCCGUCCCUUUGUGCCAGUCCCGCGGGUUCAGCUUCAAUUCCAGCGCAACCUUCAGGAUGUCCGCAUCACCCGGACUGGCAAGCCCCUCGUGAAGGUCCAAGGUGGCCGUUCUUCCAUUGGAGGUCACACCGCGACCGUCUUUGGUGCUACUGGUUUCCUCGGUCGCUACAUUGUCAACAAGCUUGCUCGCCAGGGAUGCACCGUUGUCAUUCCCUACCGUGAGGAGAUGGCCAAGAGACACUUGAAGGUCACUGGUGAUCUUGGCCGAGUUGUCUUCAUGGAAUAUGACCUGCGCAACACCCAGUCCAUUGAGGAGAGCGUUCGUCACUCCGAUGUUGUCUACAACCUUGUCGGUCGCCAAUAUCCCACCAAGAACUUCUCCUACGAAGACGUCCACGUCGACGGUGUCGAGCGUAUUGCCGAUGCUGUUGCCAAGUACGAUGUCGACCGCUUCAUUCACGUUUCUUCCUACAACGCUAACCGUGACUCGCCUUCCGAGUACUUCGCCACCAAGGCAUGGGGUGAGGAGAUCGUCCGCAAGAUCUACCCCGAGACCACAAUCGUGCGACCUGCACCAAUGUUCGGUUUCGAGGACAACCUGCUCCACAAGCUGGCCAAGAUGGGCAACGUUUUCACCUCCAACCACAUGCAGGAGCGUUACUGGCCCGUUCACGCCAUUGAUGUCGGUUCCGCUCUGGAGCGCAUGCUGCACGAUGACAGCACCGCCGGCCAAACCUUUGAGUUGUACGGCCCCAAGAACUACUCCACCGCCGAGAUCGCAGAGUUGGUCGACAGUGAAAUCAUCAAGAAGCGCCGUCACAUCAACGUCCCCAAGGCUCUUCUCAAGCCCCUCGCCCACUACGUCAACAAGGCCCUGUGGUGGCACACCCUGUCCGCCGACGAGGUGGAGCGCGAGUUCCUCGACCAGGUCAUCGACCCAACAGCCAAGACCUUCAAGGACCUCGGCAUGGAGGAGACCGCCGAUCUGGCCAACUUGACCUUCCACUACCUGCAGGGCUACCGUAGUGCCUCUUACUACGAUCUGCCUCCCUCCACGGAGCGCGAGCGCCAGGAGGACAAGCGGUACCUGCACGUGCUGGACGAUCAGUAGUUUGUGUUUUUAAUGUGUAAAUAAGCCUUCCUAGACCAAAGUCGAUUUCCUUUGUGGA